AUGGUGUCCCGCGCUGGGUUCGCCUCCCUCCUCGGCGCCUCCUUCCUCCUGCUCCUGCGCAGCACCGAGCCGCUCGGGUUCAACCACCGCCCGACGACCGCCGGCGACGAGCUCUCGGCCGCCCCGAGCAGAUACCUGACGCGGGAGGAGCGCUGGAUGAGCCAGCGCCUCGACCACUUCUCCCCCACCGACCACCGCCAAUUCAAGCAGCGCUACUUCGAGUUCCUGGACUACCACGACGACCCUAACGGCCCGGUGUUCCUGCGCAUCUGCGGCGAGUCCUCCUGCGACGGCCUCCCCAACGACUACCUGGCCGUCAUCGCCAAGAAGUUCGGCGCGGCGGUGGUGACGCCGGAGCACCGGUACUACGGCAAGAGCUCCCCGUUCGACAGCCUCACCACCGACAACCUCAGGUUCCUCUCGUCCAAGCAGGCGCUCUUCGACCUCGCCGUCUUCCGCCAGUAUUACCAGGAAAAACUGAAUUCUCAGUACAACCGGAGCGCGGGGUUCGACAAUCCGUGGUUCGUCUUCGGGGUCUCCUACUCCGGGGCUCUCAGCGCAUGGUUCAGGCUCAAGUUCCCUCACCUGACAUGCGGAAGCCUCGCCAGCUCCGGGGUGGUUCUUGCUGUGUACAACUUCACUGAUUUCGACAAGCAGGUCGGAGAGUCGGCUGGCCCUCAGUGCAAAGCCGCCCUUCAGGAAAUAACUAGACUUGUCGACGAACAACUUCGGUCAGAUAGCCACUCGGUGAAGGCCUUGUUCGGAGCAGAUUCGUUGAAAAAUGACGGCGACUUCCUCUUUCUACUGGCAGAUGCAGCAGCCACAACAUUCCAGUAUGGGAAUCCUGAUGCCUUGUGCUCUCCUCUAGCAAAUGCGAAGAAAAAGGGGGAAAGUUUGGUGGAAACAUAUGCUCAUUUUGUGAAAGAUUACUUCAUUAAAAAAUUGGGGACUACAGUAUCUUCUUAUGAUCAAGAGUAUUUGAAGGAAACAACUCCCGAUGAUUCUAGUUCUAGACUUUGGUGGUUCCAAGUUUGCAGUGAAGUUGCCUAUUUUCAAGUCGCACCCAAAAAUGACAGUGUUCGUUCUGCGCAGGUCAAUACAAGGUACAAUUUGGACCUGUGUAAAAAUGUUUAUGGAGAAGGAGUUUAUCCUGAUGUGUUCAUGACAAACUUAUAUUAUGGAGGCACAAGUAUUGCCGCUUCUAAAAUUGUGUUUACAAAUGGCUCUCAAGAUCCAUGGCGUCAUGCCUCCAAACAGAAGUCAUCGGAAGACAUGCCAUCAUACAUAAUCAAAUGUAGCAACUGCGGACAUGGCACUGAUUUGAGAGGAUGUCCCCAGCUUCCUUUCAGGAUUGAAGGUGACUCUUCAAACUGCACGUCCCCAGAAGCUGUGAACACAGUAAGGAAGCAGAUCGUCAAGCACAUCGACCUGUGGCUAUCACAAUGCCAUGAACCAACAAGGGCGUGGUGA